GGAGGACAGGACAACGAAGAGACUUAGGGACACAGAAAACUCUAAAUAAACAAGGAAAAGCACAGACCAUGACAGUAUUAAAUGGAACCAGAAGCAGCAUCUGUUUGGUGUAAGAAGUUGCCAGCCAAUGGUUUCAUAGCAGAACACCAAGGAAAAGAAACACUAGACCAUUCUCCAGGGACACAAUAUGUUGUUGUUGACUGUGGAGGAGGAACCAUUGACAUUACUGUUCAUGAAGUUCUAAAAGGAGGAGCCUUAAAGGAGUUGCACAAGGCCUCUGGGAACAAUCUGGGAGGAGAAACUGUGGACAGAAAAUGUAAAGAGUUUCUAAGAAAAAUAUUCUCUGAUGGCGUCUGGGAUGAAUUUGAAGAAAAACAUCCCAACAAUGUUAAGAAAAUGAUGUAUGAUUUCACAGUUUUCAAAAGACAAGAUGACGAUGCAGAGAUUUCCUGUCCUUUGAAACUUGGAGAUAUCGCUAAGAAAAAGAAAGAAAUGGAGCAAUUCUUUGAAGGAGUGGAAGGAGCAUUCUGGGACGAUGGAUCUAUUGUCAUCACUAAACAGAAACUGAGCUCUUUCUUUGUAGAAAGUCUGCAAGGCAUCACUCAGAGUCUCAAAGAAAUCUUUACAAAAGGGAUAAAUGUUGAAUACAUUCUAUUAGUAGGAGGCUAUGCUGACAGCAAGAUUCUGCGAAAACAUGUCAAUGAUAGUUUUGGGAAUAAAUGUAAAGUUCUGUGUCCAAUUAGGCCACAGGAAGCAAUCCUCAGAGGAGCUGUAGAGUUUGGGAGAAAUCCACACUUGGUGGCAUCUCGUAAAAGUGCCUUCACAUACGGAAUCAGAGUAUCUCGAAGGUUUAACAAUUUCAAACACAAGGCAGAAAAAAAAUUCACCAACAAAGAUGGUGAGUGGUGCAGGGAUAUUUUCAUGAAACUGGUGGACUCUGGUGAGGAUGUGGGUUGGGAUGAAACCAGAUCCUUCAGCUUAUAUCCCACUCAAGCAGAUAUGAAGAUGAUGAACUACAACUUCUACUGCACAAAAAACAGGAGUCCAAAGUAUGUGGAUGAAGAAGGAGUAGAGAAAAUUGGCUACUUCUGUCUGUACUCUCCAAACACUAAGCGAGGAAGCUCGGCGCUCAUUAACGAGGCCUCCAGGAGUCGGCAGGGACUUACCUCCAGUGACAGAGGGUCGGGGUCCACUGCCCUCCUCAACACUCCAUCUGCUCCCUACCGGCGUUUGGCAGUCGAUUGGAUCAUGUGA